UCCCUUUAAACACAUGUGCAAGAUCCUGAAACAACCGUAAUCCGUGCUAAAGAAUUAAUAUCCUUUAUAUAAUGUGUUUAUUCUAGUGCGAUAUUUAUUUCAUUUUCGUCUAGAAACGCUAGUCGUCAAAACACUUGAGUUAAAAAUCAAACCUGAUAUUUUUCUAGCCCAGCAACACAUCUAGCCUAGAAUAAGACUUGCAUAUGUGUCGGAAAUAACAGCAUAGCCGUUUUACUUACACUUUCAAUAUUGGGUAAUGACGAAAUAGUAACAAAAUAUAUUGACACAAAUAUGGCAAUGGAACUGACUUUCCUGGGGACGGGAUCUGCAUAUCCAUCGCCUACCAGAGGAGCGUCAUGUAUAGCACUUCGAUUAGAGGAGGCUGGUGUAUGGCUUUUUGACUGUGGAGAAGGAUCACAAGUACAGGUCAUGAAAAGUAAUGUAAAACCAGGAAAAGUUGCUAAAAUUUUCAUCACUCAUCUCCAUGGAGACCAUAUGUUUGGACUGCCGGGUUUGAUGUGCACCAUCAGCCAGAACAACCAAAGGACAGACCCUGUGGAGGUGUAUGGCCCAGUAGGCCUCCGGAAAUUCCUGAGGGUCAGUCUGGAGCUGUCACGGUCACUCCUGGGGUUCAGCUACACUGUCCAUGAACUGGAAUGUUUACCUCAUCAAUACCCAGACGACUGGAAUAAGCGAUGGAAGGUGGACCAUUCAUCAUCUAGCUCCAAAUGUCAUCCUAAUGAGAUCGAUGGACACACGAUAAAGCCAGACCUCAACUCAGUCUGGCAUAUUUUCUCAGAUGGUAAGAUGGAAGUAUCAGCAAUUUGGCUGAAGCACAGGAUUCCCUCUUUUGGCUUCAUCAUUCAGGAAAAACCAUUACCAGGAAAACUGGACCCACAAAAGCUGAAGGCACGAGGACUCAAGUCUGGCCCAGAGUACGGAAAACUGAAACAGGGAUUUUCUGUUACUCUUCCUUCAGGGGAAAUAAUAAAACCUGAAGAAGCCAUGGGUCCUCCGAGACCUGGUCGUAAAGUCAUCAUCAUGGGAGACUCGUGUGAUUCAUCGGAGCUCUACAAAUUGGGUCACGAUGCUGAUGUCUUGGUACACGAGGCAACACUCGAGAACGAACUUAAGGACAGUGCAAUUGAGAAAGGUCACUCCACACCAAAUAUGGCAGCUAAACUUGCCUCGGAGCUGAAAGUUAAACAGCUGGUCCUUACUCACUUCAGUCAGCGAUAUAAACCACUGGCAGCUGAAAUUAAGGAGGGAGAUGAGACGGUAAAGAAGUUGCGUCUCGAGGCUAUGGAAAUUCUACGAGAAGACCAAGUAGUGGUGGCGGAUGACUUCAUGUCACUUAACAUCCCAAUGAAGUCAGCAAAGUCCUAGCAUACCAGGCUAUUUAGUCUAACUUCAUGGGACCAAUAUAUCAGGAUUUCUAACCCAGGCAUUGUGCUGGCUUGUAUAAGAAGAAAUAUAUGGCCUAUCGUUGAUGCUUUCUUUCAUUUGCUCAUGUGCGAUAGAAACCAUGAUCAGCAAACAGUGUCUGUCAAUGUGACAAGUGUAGCCGCUCCCUGACCUGGGAAAUACUGCAGUGUCCAAAGAACUUGUGUAUGUGACGUUGAGAUAUAAGUAUGUAACUGCCAUUAACUUGAAAACAGCAACAUCUAAACUACAAUAAACUUCAUGAUGGAAUGGUGCAACCAACUGUGAGCUCUUUUAUAGGAUAAUAUCUACGCAGACAAAGAGAAAACUACUACAUUGUUCACAGGGACAUGAAGAAACAUCACAGGCCACUUCGAUGAUUUUCCUUCAUUUGGCACUUCUUGAUGGUAAAUUUUAUCUAGAAUAGCCUUUCUGUUAACAAUAGGCUACAACAAAAUUCAUAUUUGAUUGGUAUUGAUGUCUUUGCAACUAUUGAUUAUGCGAAAAUGGAGAUUUUUGUUUGUGGUUUGACUCAACGUUCUUGUUGCAGACUAUUAUUCAUAUAUUGAUAUCAUUGUUUGCAAAUAAUCAUCCUUACAUAAUACUUAGGAUCAUCACAAAAUGUUUCCUUUUGUCAAAGUGCAGUGGUAACAUUUUUUUUUUAGCUGAAUUUGUGGCAGUAACUUUUCAAAUGAAUGAAAAUAUGCAUUUGACUUGUAUUGCAAACAAGUCACAGAGGGGAACAUGAAUUCUACAUUUAUGUGUUAAAUAUUUUGUUAGAAUUUCUUUUUUUACACCGUUGUAUUAAAACGAUGAAAACAGAA